AUGCCCUUCCACAGCGCGACCGAAAACAUGGCGGCGCUCUUGAGAUCAGCACGGCUACUCAGGUUUUCGCCUUCGGGCUUGCUUCACAUCACGGGGACCAAAAGAAACGGGCCCCCGCUCGGUCGGCUGUACAGCGGAGCCCUCGGCGGCAGACUGCCCGGAGUUUGCGGCCGACAGAAAGACCCCGCCACGGGAAACGUGUCCAGUCGCGUGUGGCCUUGUGCGGCGGGGUGUGCGCGCAGCUAUGCUACGGCUACAGAGCAGAAGAACGAGUCCAGCGCCAUGUUGCGGUCCAAGCAGUCGCAGCAGUUCGACUGGGCUCUGGCCAAGCUGGACAGCUCUGUUAGGAGAACCGGCCGCAUCACUAAGACCUUCCUGCUCCGCAUCUUCCAUGAUAUCUGCAGGACAGGUUAUCCCAGCAGCAACCAGGCCUUGUUACUGCUGCGUAGCUGCGGCUUGCUGCUGCCAGAGGUUCCCCUGGAGGAGCGCACUGAGCUGGCACACCGUGUGUGGGAGAAGCUGAAGGAGUUGGGUGCACAGUAUGAUGUUAGUCACUACAACGCAUUGCUGAAGGUUUACCUGCAGAAUGAGUUCAAGUUCUCCCCCAACGACUUCCUGGCCAAGAUGGAAGCAGCCAACGUCCAGCCCAACAGAGUGACCUACCAGAGACUCAUAGCGGCGUACUGCCAAAACGGAGAUAUCGAGGGAGCCAGCACCAUAUUGGGUUUCAUGAAGAGCAAAGAUUUACCCAUCACCGAGGCGGUUUUCAACUCCCUGGUGACCGGCCACGCCCGUGCAGGGGACAUCAAGAGUGCUGAGAACAUCCUGCCUGUGAUGCGGGGAGCAGGAAUUGAACCGGGCCCUGACACCUACAUCUCACUGCUUAACGCCCACGCUGAGAAGGGAGACCUGGACAGUCUGAAAAAGACCAUGGAGGCAGCAGAGAGUGCAGACGCCAGUCUGAUGGACAGAGACGUCAUGCAGGUCAUCUUCACGCUGGCCAAAGCCGGACACCAGCAGCACAUCCCAGAUAUGGUGGAGCGCCUGAGACACGAGAGGGGCUACGUUCCAGAUGCCAUGAACUUGUGCCUGAGCCUCAUCACUCAGGGCCUGGAGGACACGGCUUUUAACAUCCUCAAGACUUUCCCCACACUGCAGUCAGAAAGCUUCAACACAGACGCUGCUAACCUGGGCAACUUCUUCCUCAGACACUGUGUCGACAUGGACACGUCGCUGGAGAAGAUCGGCGAAUUUUGCAAGGAGCUGCAGGAGUCAAACCUGCACACUUCGGCACUCACUUUCACUCUUUCCUGCGCUCUGGAGGCCAAAAAGACCGCUUUGUCUUUAAAGCUGAUGAAGCUGAUAAAGGAGCAGGACUUACCCAUAAGGCCGCACUACUUUUGGCCCCUUCUCACUCAACACGUGAAAGACGGCAACACAGCAGGUGUAGUUGAGGUGUUGAAGGGCAUGCAGGAGCUCGAGGUGUCUCCCGAUGUGGAGACUUUAACCACCUACGUCCUCCCCGUCUUCCCCAGCAUGGAAGCAGCUCGACAGACCCUCCAGGAUGCAGGAAUUUCCCUGAAGUCAGAGGGCUUCUUGUCUUCAGAGGUUCGCUCGGUGGCUGUUUCCAACCUGGCCGAACUCUACACCAUAUUGUCCGACCCCUCCUGCCCCUCCAUGGACCUCAGUACUUUCCGCGGCAGCCUCAUCCAGGGCUUCAGAAAGUCGGCUGAUGUGGAAAGCAUGGUGAAGAUUACUGAGCUCUUAUACAAAGAUGAGCGCUUCUCCGCAGGAAACUCCACGGCUUCUGAAGCAGCAGAUUUCUUCCUGUACAAUUUGAUCAACAGCAUGUCAGAGGGAGAAGUGCAAGCACAGGAAGACAAACUGCGGAAAUACUUCAAUCAACUACAAGCUCAGAACAUCAUCAUUUCACGAAACAUCUACAGGGGCAUCAAGAACCUUCUGGACACCUACAACGUCCCAGAGCUCAUCAAGGAUGUGGUUGCUCUGGUGGACCCCCAAGACAGAGUGUCCAACGGCUUUCCUUCAGCUUCUCCCCGUGUCACUGGAACUGAGAAUUCGGCGUUUGUACAAAAGAGACUGGCCGAACUGAAAGCAGAGAACAAACCUUUAGGCGCGACCCUCAAACAAGCCAUCCACGCUCUUUGUGCUGAAGAGAACCUGCAGCGCGCCCUUGAACUGAAGCAGGAGCACGAGGAGGAGAUGACGGCCGGCGGCUACGCCAACCUCAUCAACCUGUGCUGCCGCCACGACAACGUGGAGGAGGCGCUCAACCUGAAGAGGGAAAUGAGCCGCAAGGACUCGUCCGUUACGCUGGAUGCCAGCAAAUACAUCGUACUGGUCAAGACCCUCUCGAAGAACGGCAGAGUGGACGAGGCCGUGGACAUCCUGAAGGAGAUGAAAGAGAAGGAGGUGGCGUUGAAUGACUCUCACCUCACCAUGCUGUUUUUCACGCUCAGCGCCGUGGCGUCCAAAGGCGACAUCCCCUCCGUCCGACUCCUGCAGGACACCAUCUUCACCCUGGGACUGGCCAAGCCCACCUCCAAUCUCUGCUCGCCCCUGAUUACUGCCUACCUGGAGAGUAAGGACCUGUCCGGAGCUCUAGAAGCAGCACUGGAGUGUCAGAAGCUCUACAGCCACCUGCCUCGUAUCCACGACAUCAUCGUUGCCCUGAUGGAGAAAGGGGACACCGAGCUGCUGCAGAGAGCCAUGGACUUUGUGAGUCAGGAGCGAGGAGAGAUGACCAUGCUGUAUGAUCUGUUCUUCGGGUUCCUGCAGACGGGCCGCUACCGCGAGGCUCGUAAGAUCGUUGAGACCCCCGGGCUGAGGGCACGACCCGGACGCCUGAACUGGUAUGCAGAGAAAUGCAUUUCUUCCAAUCAGAUGGAAGCCUUGGAGCAGAUGGCGGACAUGACGGACAAGCUGUUUGAGUGCGACAGAGACGAGAUGUACAGUUACGUCCUUCGGCUUUGCAAGGUUCAGAACAACUGGGAGAAGGCAGAAGCAGUGUGGACGAAGAUGCAGGAGAACAACGUCAUUCCCAGGGAGAGGACCCUGCAAAUGCUGGCAGACAUCCUGAAAAAUAAUGGCAAGGAGGUUCCCUUCGAAGUGCCCGAGACGUGGUACACGCAAGCUGCCACCACGCAGCAGGUGAAGACGGCACCGACCCCGUCCGCAGCCGAGGGUGGGACCGAAUUCCAGACCCGUCUGAUGGCCAUGUGUAAAAGGGGCAAGGCCACUGAAGCCUAUAAGAUGCUGAAGGAGGUCAAUAAUAAGGGCGUGGCAUUGGACCCCGGCACUUACGACCAGGUGAUCCGCGCCCUGUUGGCCAAGGGAUCCAUCGAAGACGCCAUGGAAGUCAAGGACAUUGCUGCGUCUCACCUGCCAAACUUCAGUCUGAGUGAAAUCGCCACCAAUCUGCUCAUCGUCUCACACAGCAAGAAAGACCAGUCUAAAGAGGCUCUGGAGAAACUGAAGUCUAUGAUGCAGAAGAACUACGUGCCCUCGCAGCUCGCCAUCACCAGACUGGUUCAGGCCCUGGGUAACCAUGGCGACGUGGCCGGGGUCCAGGAAGUGGAAUCACUGGUGCACAGCCUCGGCGGCUCACUCAACCUGUCCAGCAUGGUGUUUGUCAACAACACGGCCCUGGCCCACAUCAAGAAUGGUGACGUGGAUUCGGCGGUGGAGGUGCUGGAGGCAGUCUUCACUAGUCCAGACAGCACAAACCCCAGUAUUUCGUUCGUCUUCAGGAAGGUCUUGGAAGAUGACAAUGACAAAGCUUUAGACAAGUUGAGUGCGAUGGCAGAGCGGCUGGCCAACCAUUUUGCCUGCUACAGACCGGCUUCAGACCUCUUCCUCCGGCUGCUGGACAUGGACAAAGUUGAGGACGCCAAGUUCAUGUUGGCCCGCUGUCACGGCGUGGCUGAGCAGAAGAGCGUCCUGGUGUCCUUCUUGUCUCAGAAGGCUCAAACUCCUGGGCAGGUGGGAAAGAUCAAGGCCCUGCUGAGCCUGAUUCCAGACUUCACUGAGAAGGAGGUGCUGUACCCGUACCUCAUGAAAUGCCACGUUCUGGAUAAAGACUUGUCAUCGGCCAAAGCGCUGCAUGAGCAGAUGCAGGAGGAGGGGAUUGUCACAGACGAGCUGUCACUCAAAAGACUUGCUGGGCUUUACCGUGAUGCAGGCGAGACCGCCCCUUUCACUGAGCCACCUGAGUCCUUUAAGUUUUAUGCAGAGAAACUGAAAGAGCGAGCAGCCAAAGUCCAGACGACCGCUGAUGCAUGAAGACCUUUCCUCGUCUCCUCCCCAACUACUUCCUUCGUCCUUUUCCUUUUUUGUUUUAUAAUGUGUCUGAGCUGAAAUAUCGUGUUGAAACUGUUAGUUCUUAAACUCUGUCCCCUGUGCUCUCGAUGACGUUAUUGAUUAUGAUGUUGUUGAGAAUGUACAGAAGUAUUUAUGCUAAUAAAUGUCACAUUCUGAGCCCGAA